GUAAUUUGUAACCAGCUGUCGGCUGUCGAAUCCAACGUCAAAUUAGCUGUCAUCAAUCCUCAAUUUCCAAACUUCAAUUGAAAUCCAAACAUUUAAUUUGUUUGCGCGCGAAUUUUACAGUUAUAAAAUCCUUGAAAUCUUGAAUUACCUUAAUUUGAAAUGAGUGACGACGAUGUGAUUGUUAUGGAGGUAGACGAAGCAGAACCUAAAGUCGAAAAACCGAUAGCGGGGCCGAGUAAACCACUUGGAUUGCUACCAUGGAUAGAAAAGUAUAGGCCGCAAACUUUUGAAGACAUCGUGGGCAACGAGGACACAGUAUCGCGACUGGCGGUGUUUGCGCGCACAGGCAAUGCCCCCAACAUCAUCAUCGCGGGUCCCCCGGGCGUCGGCAAGACUACAACAAUCUUGUGCCUGGCUCGCGCUCUGCUCGGUGCAGCUUUCCGCGAUGCCGUGCUAGAACUGAAUGCGUCUAAUGACCGCGGUAUAGACGUCGUGCGCAAUAAAAUCAAAAUGUUCGCCCAACAAAAGGUGACGCUGCCGCCGGGUCGGCAUAAGAUAGUCAUACUGGACGAGGCAGACAGCAUGACCGAGGGGGCGCAGCAGGCGCUGCGGCGCACCAUGGAGCUGUACGCCAAUACCACCCGGUUCGCGCUCGCCGCCAACAACAGCGAGCGCAUCAUAGAACCCAUACAGUCGCGUUGCGCUGUGCUGCGCUACUCGCGACUCACUGACGCCCAGAUACUCGCCAAGGUAAUAGAAGUGUGCAGGAAGGAAGAUUUGUCAUACACGGAGGAGGGUGUGAAUGCUGUGGUAUUCACAGCACAAGGUGACCUGCGUGCGGCACUCAACAACCUGCAGGCGACGGCUCAGUCUGGCCGCCAUAUCAGCCCCGACAACGUGUACCGUGUGUGCGAUGAGCCACACCCCAUGCUCGUGCGCACCAUGCUGGAGGCCUGCACACGCCAGGACAUACACCAAGCUUACAAGGUGAUAGCAAAGCUCAUUAAGCAGGGUUAUGCGGCGGAGGACAUAGUGAGUAACAUGUUCCGCGUUUGCAAGACUCUGGCAGUAGGGGAGGAGCUGCGGCUGGGGCUGGUGCGCGAGGUGGGCUUGACGCACAUGCGCGUCGCGGACGGGCUCGGCUCGUCGCUGCAGCUGGCCGCGCUACUCGCGCGCAUGUGCCGUGUCUCCGCCGCCACACCACCAGCCCCCACCUCCGUCUCCUAGUAAUGGAACAAUGAUGAUACUAAUAGUGAAGUAGUGUUGUUAUAGAAAUCAGACAAGUCUUUGAUGUGGGUUAAGGCAGUUAAAGAUAAAAUUGAAUGAGUUGCACAAAGAAUACUUUUUUUUUUUUCUUAUGGUGGUAUUUAUGCUAAGGAUAUAGUUGGUGGUAUUUUAUAACAUGAAAUGUAAAAGAUUGUUGAAUGUUGAACAGAGAUGAAAAAGUCAGUUGCCAUUGUAUAUAAUAAUCAU